AUGUUUGUUAUCGAAGAAAGGUCCAAUGCUCUCUUCCAAAUCCAGAUGGCCCGUACCUUGUUCCAACGUAUCCAGGAAUUAGAGGGUGCCCUGUCGCGGGUUGGAUCGACUCCGGAGUCAUCAAGUCAUGCUUUGGAUAAUGAAGAAGAAUUGACGACACCAGUUCCUUCGAGGAUCAGCACCAGCCAUACUUCAACUGUAGCAAGUGGCAGAGAAGGAUUCACCUUUUCAGGAAGCUCCCUAUCGCCCGCUACAUUUACACAGACACCCACUGGCUCCUAUGAUCACCCCGCCAAAGAGGAUCCUGGCAGAAAUCAUAAAUCUGCCCGUCAAUGGGGGCCCAACUGGUACUUUAAUGGCAUACCCAUGUCUACUGAAGAAGGCCGUGAAUGGCUCUCCAAAAGGACGGGUCAGCCAGUCUCGUGGGCGGAUUUCAGUAUCCCUAUAAAGCAAUCCGGAGCUUCCACCCUCCACCAAUCUUUCUCACAGGCGUCGUGCGAAUUACCCGAAAAGGAGGUGACCCAGGAAAUUGUGAAUGUGUUCUUCAAGUCCUCAUUCAGACUCGCUUUCCCAGUCUUGGGUGAGGUCCUGUUUCAGACAACGAUUGAGACCGCAUAUGAACAUAUGGAGGAAAAUCUGUGCACGCCUAUGCAAGUCUCAGCCAGGGCUUGUGUCUUGAGCAUGUUAGCUAUUGCGCCUCACCUAGACAUAUCGAGACAGAUCUCCCUCCCCAUAGAUGCGGAUUCGUGCGCAGCCAAGGCACAUUGGCUCUUGUUACAGAUCGCCGACGAUGUCAGUGUGUCGACACUGCAGACUGCAAUUAUCUUGCAAAUACAGCGCGUGUUUUGUACCGACUGGCAAGGCGCGACCUUCUUUCAAUCGAUUGCAUGUCGUGUAGUCUGCGCUCUCAAGGGACAUCUAUGCGACUCAUCGAAUGUCUCCAGGCUCGAGAAUGCCCGCUCAGAACGCGAACUCCACCAUAUUCGAACGCUGUUCUGGCUAUGCUACAUGCUCGACAAAGACAUCUCCCUGUUCACUGGCAACCCUCCUCUCCUCACCGAGAUCUACUGUGAUCUAAUCCUACCUGAUAACUACCUCGACCACUAUACCUACCGACCGACCUUAACCCUCUCCAUGACAAGUAGCGACCAAAUUCAAAGUACCAUUAUUAGUCCUCAUCUCCCAGGAGACCCUCAUCUAACGCACCUAAAAGAGAAAGUCUACCGGCAGCUCUUAUCCGCGCGAGCAAUGAAGGAUAACGACAACCAGCUCCUCCUGAACAUCCGGCAAUUAGACAACGAGAUGGAACACUGGCGACUGUCCAUCCCUGCGAAUUUCCGCCCAGCACUUUUCGUCUCGAAGAAUACUCUCCCGAAUUCAUCUGAUGAAGGCAUCCCGUUUAUCAUCCGACGAUUGUCACUGCAAUUAGAUUAUCAUCACCUGAUGACCAUCAUUCACACGACAGUCAGAAAGUGCACGGUGGAAACUAGUGACGAGAUGCCGGAUUUGCAUAGUGUAGUUCAUUCGAGCUUUGAUUUGUCGUUGGUGGCUAGUCGCUCAACAAUGUGGUGUUUGAGGACUCUUGUUAGCUUGAUUGCGGAAGGAGCUUUUCGGUUCGUUACAUUCUAUUCGACUGCGGCCGCUUUAACACUGUUCCUCAACAUCGUCAUCCAUCCUCUCGACGCACAAUCGCGGAUUGAUCUGGAGCUUCUUAUAUCAGCUGCCAAUACAAUACGCAACAUGCCUGUGCAAGCUUUGACGAAAACCGAGGUUUCGCAUAUUCGAGAACUGAGCAAGUUCGUUAUGAGGCUGGUUUGGCUUGGGACAUGUGCAGUGACCAAGGAAGAAAGAGAGAAUGAUUAG